UCACUCCGAGACAAAAUGGCUUCCAGAUCAGACGAUGAUCUCUGCUGUCCGGUCUGUCUGGAAAUAUUUAAGGAUCCGGUUAUUCUGUCAUGUAGCCACAGCUUCUGUAAGGAGUGUCUGCAGAGAUAUUGGAGAGAGAAACCAGGAAGAGAGUGUCCAGUUUGUAAAAGGAGAUCUUCGAAAGAUGAACCACCACGUAAUCUGGCUCUGAAGAACCUGAUUGAAUCUGUCAUACAGCAGAGAGAGCAGAGAGCUUCAGAGGAUCUCUGCUCUCUGCACUCUGAGAAACUCAAACUCUUCUGUCUGGACCAUCAGCAGCCAGUUUGUCACAUCUGCAGAGAUUCAGAAAAACACACCAAGCACAGAUUCAGACCCAUCGAUGAAGCUGCUCAGCAACACAAGAAGAACCUUCAGGAAACUCUGGAGCCUUUAAAGAAGAAGCUGGAGCUCAGGAAGAAAGUUCAGGAGGAGUUUGAUCAGACAGCAGAACACCUGAAGGUCCAGGCCCGACACACAGAGAGGCAGAUUAUGGAGCAGUUUAAGCAGCUUCAUCAGUUUCUAGCAGAGGAAGAGGAGGCCAGGCUGGCUGCACUGAGGGAGGAAGAGGAGCAGAAGAGAGGGAUGAUGAAGGAGAAGAUGGAGGCUCUGAGCAGAGAGAUAGCAGCUCUUUCAGACACAGUCAGAGCCACAGAGGAGGAGCUGAGAGCUGAAGACGUCUCAUUCCUGCACAACUACAAGGCUGCAGUGGAAAGAGUCCAGCGCUGCCCCCUGCUGGAGGAUCCACAGCUGCCCUCAGGAGCUCUGAUAGACCAGGCCAAACAUCUGGGCAACCUGGCCUUCAACAUCUGGAGCAACAUGGAGAACAUGGUGACCUACACUCCUCUGGUUCUGGACCCAAACACGGCUGGCUCAGGACUCUAUGUGUCUGAAGAUCUGACCAAUGGGAGGUGGGGAGAGAAACAGCAGCUUCCUGAUAAUCCAGAGAGAUUUGAUUCUUGGCGUUCCGUUCUGAGUUCUGAUGGUUUUAAUUCAGGGAACCACAGCUGGGAUGUUGAUGUUGGAGAUAGUUCAUCAUGGGUACUUGGUGUGUUAGAAGAGUCUGUUCAGAGGAAGGGAGACAUAAAAUCUGGAUGGUUGUUUAUUGGGUUAAAUAUCGUUGGAUACUCAGCACGUUGUCUACCCGCUCCUUUCACUCGUCUCUCAGUCCAGAAGAAUCUCCAGAGGAUCAGAGUGAAUCUGGACUGGGACAGAGGAAAGCUGUCCUUCUCUGAUCUGGAUACUAACACACACAUACACACCUUCACACACACCUUCACUCACAAGAUGUUUCCGUUCUUCUACACUGAUAAAACAUUAAAGAUCGUACCGAUGAAGAUCUCAGUGAUCAAGCAGCAGCUCUGAUGAUCUCAGCAUGAA